AUGGGAGAACCAGGAGACGGGCCCAAACGUCAGCCUUGCCGCAUCCUCAUCCUUGGCGACGGAAAUUUUUCUUUCUCGCUGGCUCUCGCGAAGGCUCUACUUCUUCCUCCAACACCCCACCUGCUGCCGUCGUCACCACAAGCACGGCUGCAGCAGCAAACCUUCGAAAUCGUGGCCACGUCCUUCGACGGGCGUCUCGACCUCCUGAGCAAGUAUGCGGAGGCCCCCGGCAUCGUCGCCGCCCUGCGCUCUGUGGGGGUGACGGUGCUUCACAACGUCGACGCGACGGCGCUAGACUCAAGGGUGCUGCAAGUCUCUCCCUCCGACAGACGCCGUGCGCAGCAGCAACAGCAGCAGUUCGAGCACGUUAUUUUCAACCACCCGCACACCGGCACAGAGGACAUGCGCCGCCACCGCUCAUUUCUGGGACACUUUUUUCACGCCGUGGCAAAUUCUGCCAUCGGCAGCACCGGUCCGGUCGGUGGCGGUGGAAGUGGGGCUUGCGGCGUCAGCGAUAUCGGUGGUGGCGGCGCUGUUGCUGCGGUUCCAGGGAUGGCAGAUAGACAAGGCGGCAAGGGGGCGAUCCUCGCCCCCGGCGGGGCCGUCCAUGUUACCCUCGCUCUUGAUCAGCCGGAACGCUGGGGCCUUGAGGAGCAGGCCGCCCGGCACGGCUUCUCCCUGGUGCACCGGCGACGGUUUCCGGCGGAGAAGAUCGACGGUUACAUGACCAAGCGGCACCAGACCGGCCGUUCGUUCCGGCAAAGGGUUCAAGCCAGCGAGACUCUGUCGUUCUCCUGGGCGGCGAGCGCUCAAGCCGCGCGGGGCGACGAUGGGGCCGCGUUUGGCAGCACUCUGCCGCCGUGGCUUUGGCCCGAAGUCGUCAUGUGCGGCGACGAGGCGUCGCCCGCUCGAGCAGAAACGGCCACCGACGAGCCCGUUAGGGCUGGCGGCAGCGACGCCGUUGACGCACCAACGCCAGCGGUAGAUGAUAAUGUGCGCACGCGCGGCGGUGGCCGCAAAGGGGGCGGUUGUACCGACAGGACAGGGGCGGCGGCAGCGGAAGCCCUUCUCCCCGAGGUCUGCGAGCUGUGCGGCAAGCGGUACAAGUCGGCGCAGGCGCUGCGGACGCACACGCGGCAGUUCCACGAGCUCGGGCAGGAGGGGGGCGUCGCCGUGGCCCCGAAGAAGGAGGAGCGAUGCCCGCACCCGAACUGCGGCCGCGUGUUCACCAGCGACAGGGCACUGGACCAGCACGUGUCGGCCAAGCACAGCGGGGACAACGUCGACAUCAAGCCGGACUGGUUCGUGGGGAGCAUUUAUCACCUCGAGCCGCCGCCACCCCCGCCGGUGCCAACGGACGGGGACAUGGUCGUAGAGAGAGGGCAAGACGGGGGAAUACCCGCCGCAAAUGCGGCUGGUUCUGACCAAAUAUGUAGAGGCACCGCAGAGGGGGCGGAGGCUACGACGACGCCGAAAGUUGUCGAAACGCCACCAGAGAUGUUGGGGGUCCCGGCGAGGGAGGUUCCAGCGACUACCGUUUGCACGAACAUCGAGGGUAACAGUCUGUGCCAGCGGUGUGACGUGUGCGGGUACUGGUUCACCUCUCCGGAGGACCUGCAGCAGCACCUAGAUAAUCUUCGGCCACCGAUCGAGGGCGCGGUGACGCGGUACGAUUGCGGCACGUGCGUGAAGGACUUCGGGUCAAGGAGAGCGCUGCUUCAGCAUGCCAAGUUUUGUUCCGGCGGUAGGGGUGCCGCAGACCGCGUUGCCAUGGCGUAG